ACAUGCGUCAAGAAACAUGUUUAUGUUCACGUUUGUUGGAUAAAUAAAUUGACACAUAAUGCAAAAUAACCGUUCUUUUGUUGUGUGAAUGCUCGAAGAAUCACAUGCCUACAUUUUGAUUGCUGGAAAUUUAAAUUUACAUAAAACAGUUAUUAAUAGUCAGUCAAUAGACAGUGGCUUGUGGACUGUGGGGUAAAGAAAACACCUGUUUUACCAAUAGAAGUUGGCUGUUAGUGUUAUGUACAUAUAAAUAGAUUAAGAAUAUGUGAAGUAACCUUCGGAUACAAACCAGAAUUACAGGACAGACAGAAAUAUAUAUACAUACUGUUGAAAUUCUUGUCUGUUGAUGGAGUAGCCUAACCUAAAGACUUUAUUCAUCUAAUCAUUUAUCUAGAGGAAGAAAAUAUUAAGGAUUUACAGAGGACCAUUUUGUUUUAGGUGUGAGAGAUUCUCAUAAAGAAUCAAGAUGCCUUGUGCCCCAGGAAAAGUAUAUGGUCAGCCUGAAGCUGUAGGACUGUAUGAUCCAACAUAUGAAAGUGAUGCUUGUGGUGUGGGAUAUGUAGUUAAUAUUGAUGGCAUCCCAUCGCAUCGGGUUUUGCGAGAUGCUCAGACUAUGUUGAUUAGAAUGGAACAUAGAGGUGCAUGUGGAUGUGAUAAUGAUACUGGUGAUGGUGCUGGUGUUCUUACAGCUAUACCCCAUAAGAUGUAUGCCAGAAUGAUCAAAUCUCAAGGUGUCGAGUUACCUGAAGCAGGUCUGUAUGCAACUGGUAUGAUCUUCAUGGAUGCUAACGAUUGUGAAAAAGCUCAGGGUAUCUUUUCUGAAAUUGCUAAAGAGCAAGGGACUGAGAUUUUAGCAUGGCGAGAUGUUCCAGUGUAUAAUAAUACAAUUGGGUCGAACGCCAAGACAUCUGAGCCAGUUAUUAAACAGGUGUUUGUGAAAGGCUCAGCAGACAAGGAGGAAUUCAAGAGACAGGUUUAUAUUUUAAGAAAGUAUUCAUGUCACCAUGUACCAAAGCAAACGUCAAGAUUUUAUGUGUGUAGUUUAAGUACAGAAACGAUUGUUUACAAGGGUUUAUUGACAACCAGUCAGUUAUGGCAGUAUUUCCCAGAUCUUCAAGAUCCAGACUUCGAAACACAUCUAGCCCUCAUUCACAGUCGGUUCUCUACUAACACCUUUCCCUCCUGGGAAAGAGCUCACCCCCAAAGGUAUCUAGCCCAUAAUGGUGAAAUUAAUACUCUUCGUGGGAACUGUAACGUGAUGAAAGCUAGAGAAGGUGUUAUGAAGAGUGAAAUAUUUGCUGAUAAACUAAGUACAUUGUACCCGGUGGUAGAGGAAGGCAUGUCUGACUCUGGUUGUGUAGAUAAUGUUCUGGAGUUUCUGUGUAUGGCUGGAGGCAGAACCUUGCCAGAGGCUGUGAUGACCAUGGUACCAGAGGCCUGGCAGAAUGAUAAAUACAUGCCCAAAGAAAAGGAAGCCUUCUAUAGAUGGAGUGCAUUUGGUAUGGAACCCUGGGAUGGGCCUGCUCUAUUGACUUUCACUGAUGGUCGAUAUAUUGGUGCUAUUCUAGACAGAAAUGGUUUACGACCGUCUAGAUUCUAUGUUACUAAAGAUAACUUUAUGUACAUGUCUAGUGAAGUUGGUGUGACUACAAGACUACCCAGUGAAGUUGUACAGAAGGGUAGACUAAAACCAGGAAGAAUGUUAUUGGUAGAUACUCAGGAGAAAGUCUUUAAAAAAGAUGAAGAUUUGAAGAAAGAGAUAGCCAAUUUAAGACCUGUUGGCAAAUGGCUUUCAGAAACUAUAUCCAUGGCUGAAUUACGAGGUGCUCAUGAUCCCAAACAUACAUUAAAACAUACUAUAAUGUAUCAAGAUCUCGGUCAUGGUGAAUGUGUUGAGGAAGACCCUCGUCUGCCUAUGUUUGGUUAUACUAUUGAAGCAUUAAAUUUAUUGGUUUUACCUAUGAUCAGAGACAAGAAAGAAGCUUUAGGUUCUAUGGGCAAUGACACACCAUUAGCCUGUCUAUCUCAGUUUAAUCCACUUGUAUUUGAAUAUUUUAAACAACUGUUUGCUCAAGUUACCAAUCCACCAAUUGAUCCAUUUAGAGAAAAGAUUGUCAUGUCCUUGGCAUGUCCUGUUGGACCAGAACAUAAUAUAUUAGAACCAAGUGCUGAACAAUGUCAGAGAUUAUGGUUAGAACAACCUAUUUUAUCAUUAUGGGAUAUAGAGGUGUUAAAAUAUACAACACAUAAAGGCUGGAAGACUAAAGUACUAGAUAUGAUCUAUCCAAUGGAACAUGGUGCUGAAGGUUUGUUACCUGCAUUACAACGACUAUGUAAAGAGGCAGCCGCUGCAGCAGAAGAUCAUCAAUUGAUUAUAAUGUCUGAUAGAAAGGCUGGACCUGAAUAUCUACCUAUCAGUUCUCUGUUAGCAGUUGGAGCCGUACAUCAUCAUUUGAUCAAUGAGAAGUUAAGAAUGAAAGCUGGUCUUAUUGUAGAAACUGGUGAAGCUAGAGAAGUUCACCAUUUCUGCACCCUACUUGGUUAUGGUGCUGAUGCCAUUUGCCCAUAUUUGGUAUUUGAGACCAUCAGACGCCUGAGAGAACAAAAUCUAUUAGAUCCACCAUUGGCUGAUGAAGAAAUUUACAUGAACUAUAGAGCUGCUUGUGCUAGAGGUAUCUCUAAAGUUAUGGCUAAAAUGGGAAUCUCUACAUUACACAGUUACAAGGGAGCUCAAAUCUUUGAAGCAUUAGGAUUAAAUACAGAGGUUAUAGAUUUGUGUUUUGAAGGAACGGCAUCUCGUAUUGGUGGUGUAUCAUUUAACAUCUUAUCAGGAGAGACAAUAAAACGUCAUGAGGUAGCCUAUGGACGUAGAAAUUGUGAUAAUAUACUGGUUAUGAAUCCUGGAUUUUAUCAUUGGAGAGAUGGAGGAGAAAAACAUAUCAAUGAUCCUAUGUCUAUAGCUAAUCUACAGGAAGCUGCCAAGAAUAACAGUAAAGAUGCAUAUGCUAGAUUUAGCCAGACAGCAUGGGAAAGUACAAAGAAAUGUUCUUUACGUGGUCAAUUAGAUUUUAAUAACUCUGAUAAACCUCUUGAUAUCUCAGAAGUGGAAGAAGCUAAAUACAUAGUUAGAAGAUUCUGUACAGGUGCUAUGAGUUUUGGUAGUAUAUCUCUAGAAGCACAUUCAACUCUAGCUAUAGCCAUGAAUAGAAUUGGUGGUAAAUCUAAUACUGGUGAAGGUGGUGAGAAUCCAGAACGUUAUCUCAACGAAGAUUCAGAAUUUAACGCUCGUUCUAAAAUAAAACAGGUCGCAUCAGGUAGAUUUGGUGUAACAAGUUCGUAUUUAACACAUGCUGAUGAACUACAGAUUAAAAUGGCGCAAGGUGCUAAACCUGGUGAAGGUGGUGAAUUACCUGGUUAUAAGGUAACAAAAGAUAUAGCUAAAACCCGUCAUUCUAUACCUGGUGUAGGUUUAAUCAGUCCACCACCACAUCAUGAUAUUUACUCUAUUGAAGAUUUAGCUGAGUUGAUAUAUGAUUUGAAGGCUGCUAAUCCUGAAGCUAGAAUCAGUGUUAAGUUGGUGUCUGAGAUGGGUGUAGGAAUAGUUGCAUCUGGUGUAGCUAAGGGUAAAGCUGAACAUAUUACUAUAUCUGGACAUGAUGGUGGUACUGGUGCUAGUAGUUGGACUGGUAUUAAAAAUGCUGGUUUACCCUGGGAACUGGGUAUAUCUGAAACUCAUCAGACUUUGGUAUUAAAUAAUCUUCGUUCUAGAGUUGUACUACAAGCUGAUGGACAAAUUAGAUCUGGUAGAGAUAUUGUAAUGGCAGCAUUAUUAGGAGCAGAUGAGUUUGGUUUUAGUACAGCACCAUUGAUAACUAUUGGUUGUACUAUGAUGAGAAAAUGUCAUCUAAAUACAUGUCCAGUUGGUGUAGCCACACAGGAUCCUGUUUUAAGAAAGAAGUUUGCUGGUAAACCAGAAUAUGUUGUUAAUUAUCUUUUCCUUCUAGCAGAAGAGGUAAGAGAAGUUUUAGCCAAGAUGGGAUUUAGAAGUCUGCAGGAAGCAAUAGGACGUACAGAUAAAUUAAAAUUCGAUCCUGAUUCACAAAACCCAAAAGCUAAACUGCUGGACCUCUCCAAAAUCUUAACCAAUGCCCUUGACAUUCGACCUAAAGUCAAUAUAGUUGGUGGAAGUGUAAAACAGAUCUUUGAUACAGAGAAGAGAUUGGACAAUGCUGUUAUUGCCAAGUCUGUUGAGGUCUUGGAAGGUAGACAGAAGCAGGUUGUCAUGGAUUUGAAAAUAACUAAUGAGGACAGAGCUUUUGCUUCAACACUGAGUUGGCAGGUCUCAAGGAGAUUUGUUGAAGUUGGUUUACCAGAGAAAAGUAUUAUUAUUAAUCUAACGGGUUCUGGUGGUCAAAGUUUCUGUGCAUUUAUGGCUAGAGGUAUCCAUGUAACUCUAGAAGGAGAUGCCAAUGAUUAUGUUGGCAAGGGUUUGUCAGGAGGAGAAAUUAUUAUUUUCCCACCUAAAGAUAUGCCAGUUGAUUUUAAAUCCCAGAAUAAUAUUAUUGUUGGUAAUGUUUGUCUGUAUGGAGCAACUUCUGGUAAAGCUUUCUUCCGUGGUCAAACAGCUGAACGAUUCUCAGUUAGAAACUCAGGAGCUACUGCUGUGUGUGAGGGUUGUGGUGAUCAUGGUUGUGAAUAUAUGACUGGAGGAAGAGUUGUUGUUCUUGGUUUAACGGGUCGUAACUUUGCUGCUGGUAUGUCUGGUGGAUUGGCUUAUACCUAUGAUAGAAUGAAGCUGUUCCAUCAAAGAUGUAAUCAGGAAUCUGUCUCACUGGAACCACUGGAGUUAGAGGAAGAUGUCACCUUUGUUUAUGAAUUGAUCAAAGAAUUCCAGGAAAAGACAAAGUCUGAAUUGGCACUGAAUAUACUCAACAAUUGGGCAGAAGAAAAACAGCAUUUUAUCAAGGUUUUCCCACAUGAAUAUAGAAGAGCUUUAAAAGAAAUAGCAGAUGAGGAAAAAGCAGCCCAGGAAAUCGGAACAAAGACAACUGAUAAUAAUGUUAAAAAGACUAGUGAAAAUGUUCAAGAUAUUGAAGAAACUAUACCUGAUGAUACCCAAAAUCAGAAAAACAUUGAUAAAGUUCUUGAUAAAACUAGGGGAUUUGUUAAAUACAACCGAGCAACAUACCAAUAUCGAGAUCCCGCUAAACGGCAACAGGAUUGGGAUGAAAUCUUUAAUCAUAAACAAGUGAAAGAAGGUCUUAGGAUGCAAGCUGCAAGGUGUAUGGAUUGUGGUGUACCAUUCUGUCAAUCUGAUCAUGGAUGUCCUCUCAGUAAUAUUAUUCCCAAAUGGAAUGAUCUCGUCUUUCAUAACAAAUGGAGGGAGGCAUUAGAUCAGUUGGAACAAACUAAUAAUUUCCCUGAAUUCACAGGUCGUGUUUGUCCUGCUCCUUGUGAGGGUGCAUGUGUAUUGGGCAUUAAUCAACCUGCUGUAACUAUUAAAAACAUAGAAAAUACUAUUAUUGAUACUGCUUUUGAGAAUGGGUGGAUGGUGCCACGACCACCUGCAGAACGUACGGGUAAAAAAAUAGCUGUAGUUGGUAGUGGACCAUCUGGUUUAGCUGCUGCUGCACAACUUAAUAAGGCUGGUCAUACUGUAACAGUAUAUGAGAGAAAUGACAGAGUAGGUGGUUUAUUAAGAUAUGGUAUACCAACCAUGAAACUUGGUAAAGAUGUUGUACAGAGAAGAGUAGAUCUGUUAAAUAAAGAAGGUAUAGAGUUUAAAACUAACUGUGAAAUAGGUGUUACAAUGCCAACAUCACAACUAGUAAAAGAGAAUGAUGCUGUUUUAUUGACACUUGGUGCUACAUGGCCUAGAAAUUUACCUAUACCAGGUCAUAAUUUAGAAGGAAUCCAUUUUGCUAUGAGUUUUCUGGAGAGAUGGCAGAAGAAGCAAUCUGGUAAUGAUAUAGAGUUAUUAAAUUUAGCAGCUAAAGAUAAAGAUAUAAUUAUUAUAGGUGGUGGAGAUACGGGUUGUGACUGUAUAGCUACAUCAUUAAGACAGGGGGCCAAGAGUAUUACUUCAUUUGAGAUUUUACCAGAACCACCAGCAAGUCGUGCUGAUAGCAACCCCUGGCCAACAUGGCCGAAAAUAUUCCGAGUUGACUACGGUCACGAGGAGGUGAAACUCAAGUUUGGACGAGAUCCUAGAAUCUUCAACAUUAAAACUUCAGAAUUUCUUGAUGAUGGUAAAGGACAUGUUUGUGGUGUUAAAACUGUUUUAGUUGAAUGGAAGAAAGAUGAAGCUGGUAGAUGGCAAAUGAGUGAUGUACCUGGAAGUGAAAAGACAUAUAAAUGUGAUAUGAUAUUGUUAGCUAUGGGUUUUCUUGGACCAGAACGUAAAAUCGUUGAAGAAUUGUCAAUUGAUUUAGACCCAAGAGGAAAUCUUCAAACACCGAAAAAUAAAUAUGCAACUAGUAUUCCACAAGUCUAUGCUGCUGGAGAUUGUAGACGAGGCCAGUCAUUAGUUGUAUGGGCGAUAUCAGAGGGUCGACAAGCUGCUAGACAGAUAGAUCUAGAUUUAUGUGGUUCAACAAACUUAGCCGGACCUGGUGGUAUUGUUAAUGCUCCUUAUUAACAGCACAUAUCAACAUCAUGGAGAGAAGAUUUCUCAUUGACAAAAAUGAGUGAAGUAGAAAUCAUGAAACUAUUGAAAUCCAUUUUUGUUCGAGGCAGAAAAUGCAAGAUUUAUAUUACUUUUAACAUCUUCAAAAUUUCAGUGUAUGAGGUGUGUCUAACAAUAUGAACAAUGCUAUAUAUUGAAGGUCAUCCACAUUUUUACCAUUGAUGCCACAGCUUGCAUUGAUAGAUGUCCAUUUAAAACUAUAUUGGUUGAAUCAAAAUUAUCAUAGAACUACAUUUUAUUUCCAUCCAUUAUGAUAAUGAAAAGUUUGUUUGCCUGUAAAUCUGUAAAUUUUGAAGUAGUUUUUAAAGCAGAAAUUGUUCAGUCGAUAUAUUUAGACGUGCAAAAAAUUGGAAUUGCUGGGGACUUACAAUCCAGACAUAAAAUAGCUUUCAGACAUUGGUCUAAAGUCACUGCUAGUUUCAAUCUAUGAGAACGAAAAAGUCGUAUUCACACAGUCUAUUAGCCAAGCCAAGCUAACUAUUCUUUGAUUGAUAAAGAUGAGAUAACCCUUGUUGAAACGUCGCCAAAAAUAAACCUAUUAAGUAACUUGUAUUCCAUAUAAUUGUGGCAUGUGUUACUAACUAUUCUUGUAUGUCAGAAUUAAAGGUAAGAAGUAUACAUGGGGUUACACCACAGGACAUCACGAUUUUCACAAGCUAGAAUUUUCAGAAAAAGUAGUUAUAUCAGUUGUUUCCAAUGAUUAUUCUUACCAACCUUGAAUGCUACCAUUUGUCUAUUACUGAUCAAAUGUAUAUUAUUACCAUAGAAACUUUGAUAACAAUUAAUGAUUACUUUUAUAACUUAUCAUAAAUGUGUGCAUCUUCCAAUUGUACAAAACAAUGAGUGCCAUCUGCAUACUUGUUUUAUGCACUGGUAUUUACCAAAUACAUGACAUUAUUUUGUACUUUUAUUUUGUAGAUUAGCACAAAUGAAUAUAAUAAUAGAAAUUAUGUAUGUGAUGAACUUGAUGAUAUAAAUAUAGAAAAUUACUAUGAUUUGUUUUAACAUAUUAAGCUGUGAUUUGUAAUACGAAUUGUUUAAUUGUUGAUUGUUGUGGUGAAAUAAACAGGUAAUAUUUACAUAUAGAAACAUAGUUUAAACUAGAGAUUAUAUAUAAUAUAUACUAUUAUCGCUUUUAACACUUGCCAAAUAUAUAAAUAUAUAAUCAACAAGAUUCUUUGGUUUUUAUACCUUUGUAUUAUGAGUUAGUUUGAUUGAUUGACUUUGAAGAAUUUUGGAUAAGAAAAUAUAUAUCUCAACACAAAACACGUCAGAAAAACUUGUACAUCAGAAAUUAAACAACAGUUUAAAGAAAUAUUAUAAAUCCGCAGAAUUAAAACUAAAUUUUAAUUGAUAAUGUUUUUAGCUGCACACAAUUCUGUAUAUUCUUAACCACAUUAGGAAUUGUGAAAUGAUUAGAUGUUUAGUGCUAACGGUGAUGAGUGCUAAUCUAAAUCCUUGAUUUGUUAUCCUGACUUGUUCUUCAUGUCAAUAUUAUAUACUGUUUUGUAUUAUUUUAAAAUUUUGUUUAUCUAUUACUAUUUAAUAAGAGUAUAAGUACAUAUUAUGUUAAUAAUAUAUUGCCUUGUGGCAGCUGAGAGAAAUGCUCAAAAUAAGUACAUUGUUAGAUGUAAGAGUCUGCUGGUAUGUGAGAGGUAUAAGAAUUGUAUUAUGUUUUGAACUCUUAGGAAAUAUAUUCAGAGCCUUUCUUUCUAAUCUGUUGAAAUAUUUUACCACCAAGUAUUUAAUACUUAAAAUAUUGUGUUCUCAUAGUAUCUGCUUUAAUAUAUGAUGUUGAUGUUUUAUCACAAGUAAAUCUUCUUUUUAUGGAAAUUACUGAUUUGUUUUGUUUUAUGAAUCAUUAUAUAAAUUGAUAUACUAAUCUGA